AUGGGGGCCUGUGAGGGGAAGUCGGAAGCUCCUGACAGCAACAUGUCGCUGACAUGGGGCCCGCAGUACAAGUUCAACGUGAUGUUCCUAUGCAACCACAACUCCUGCCGAUCUCAGAUGGCCGAUGGCUGGCUCCGUACGCUGCGCGGUUCCGCGUCGGUCGGUGUUGCUUCUGCCGGGAUCGUCGGUGGCACGGCUGUGAAAGAGGGAGCCAUCACCGUCAUGAAGGACGCCGGCGUCGACAUUUCCUCCUUCACUUCGGAUGCAAUGGCCGAUUUCCGCGCCGAAGACUUCGACGUGGUCAUCUCAUGCUGCGGCUGUGGCAGCAAGCUCGAUGGAGACAAGGAGGUCUGGAAAAAGCGCACCGUGUUCAUGGAUUGGAACCUGGAUGACCCUCCCGCGAUCGAUCCCGGCGAUCUCUCCGAGUACCGGCGUGUCCGCGAUGAGUGCAAGACGAAGGUGCAGGAGCUUCUCGACAUGCUGAGCAGACCGUACGGUUCCCACUACAAGAAGAACGUGAUGUUCCUCUGCAACCACAACUCCUGCCGCUCUCAGAUGGCGGACGGUUGGCUGCGCACUUUGCGGGCAAACGCUUCGGUUGGAGUUGCCUCUGCUGGCAUCGUGGGCGGUACGGCUGUGAAAGAGGGCGCCAUCUCGGUGAUGAAGGAUGCCGGCGUCGACAUCUCUCAGUUCACUUCAGAUGCCAUGGCUGAUUUCCGACCCCAGGACUUUGAUGUCGUCAUCUCCUGCUGUGGCUGCGGCAGCAAGCUCGACGGAGACAAGGAGGUAUGGAAGAAGCGGGCCAUGUUCAUGGACUGGAACUUGGAUGACCCGCCGGCCAUCGAUCCCGGCGACCUCUCCGCCUACAAGCGCGUGCGGGACGAGAGCAAAGCAAAGGUCCAAGAGCUCCUUGAUGCGCUGCAGAAGCCGUAUGGCCCCCACUACAAGAAGAACGUCAUGUUCCUGUGCAAUCACAACUCCUGUCGAUCGCAGAUGGCGGAUGGAUGGCUCCGCGCCCUCCGCGGCAACGCCUCGGUAGGGGUCGCCUCGGCUGGCAUCGUGGGUGGCACAGCUGUGAAGGAGGGGGCCAUCACCGUGAUGAAAGAAGCUGGAGUGGACAUCUCGUCUUUCACCUCGGAUGCCAUGGCAGACUUCAACCCGCAGGACUUUGAGGCUGUGAUUUCCUGCUGCGGCUGUGGAAGCAAGCUGGAUGGUGACAAGGAAGCCUGGAAGAAGCGCACCUACUUCAGCGACUGGAACUUGGAUGAUCCUCCUGCCAUUGAUCCGGGAGACUUGUCUGCCUACCGGCGAGUGCGCGAUGAGAGCAAAGCGAAGGUCCUUGAGCUGAUCCAGAAGCUGGCUGUCGAGUGA